UUCUCCUCUACUCCAACCUUGCUCUGUCCCACUCACACUCACUGACCGACACGGCUCUGGUACACACCAUGCGUACCUGCCCGGAGCUAUUCUUCCACCCCGUGCUGGAUUUUACUAAAGCAUCUGGCUGACCGCGCCGCAGACAGCUCUCUGAAAGGAUAUUCCGACCUCCUGAGAUCUGACUUUUCCUGCUUGUGUUGGUUUAUUGAGCGGAGGCAGCCGAGCGCCGCGGCAAAGGAUUCAGAAGAGGGGGUCGUGCUAUGAGAGCUGACCUUUGAGUGUGAGCCAAGAAGUCCAGCGAGUCUUUGUGUUUGUGUCCUGUGUAAACCGGAGCUACUGUCCAACCAUGAAGAGCAGCUCUCGUGUCCUGCCUCUCGGUGUGCUCACGGCUCUGAUGCUGUCUCAGGUCUGCUCUGGCAUCAAAUGGCUAGCGCUGUCUCACACUCCCGCAUCUUUACACAUCAACCAGACGCAGCACUGUAAGCAGCUGCACGGCAUGGUGUCCUCCCAAGCUCAGCUGUGUCGCAGCAACCUGGAGCUCAUGCAGACCAUUAUCCAAGCUGCUCGUGAAGUCAAGAAAACAUGCCAGAAGACCUUCGCCGACAUGCGCUGGAACUGCUCCUCCAUUGACAUACCUGUUGAUGCCCAGAAGUACCGACCAGACCUUGACCGAGGAACAAGGGAGGCUGCGUUUGUCUACGCCCUGUCUGCGGCAACCAUCGGCCACACCAUAGCACGGGCGUGCACCUCUGGAGAUUUGCGGCUUUGCUCAUGUGGUCCUGUCCCUGCAGAGAUCCCAGAGCCUGGCUAUCGCUGGGGUGGCUGUGCUGACAACCUGCACUACGGUUUGAUUAUGGGCUCCAAAUUCUCCGAUGCUCCCAUGAAGAUGAAGCGCUCAGGCUCCCAUGCCAACAAACUGAUGCACCUACACAACAGUGAAGUUGGAAGACAGGUACUGAGAGAGUCAGUGGUGAUGAAGUGUAAGUGCCAUGGUGUGUCUGGAUCCUGCUCUAUAAGGACCUGCUGGAAAGGACUGCAAGACCUGAGGGAGAUCGCCAUGGACCUUAAGACCAAGUACCUGUCUGCCACUAAAGUGGUUCACCGGCCCAUGGGGACACGUAAGCAGCUGGUGCCCAAAGACAUUGACAUCAGGCCGGUGAGGGACAACGAGCUCGUCUACCUGCAGAGCUCCCCGGACUUUUGCACCAAGAAUGAAAAACAGGGCUCUGUUGGCACGCAGGGCAGGCAGUGCAACAAAACCUCAUCGGGCAGUGACAGCUGCGACCUGAUGUGCUGCGGCCGUGGCUACAACGCGUACACGGAGAAGCUGGUGGAACGCUGCCACUGCAAGUACCACUGGUGCUGCUACGUAACCUGCAAGAUGUGCGAGCGUUCCGUGGAGAGAUACGUCUGCAAAUGAGCCGCCGGCCCCAGCAGCAUCCAGCCAGCUGAGGCUACAGAUUAACCAAAGCACUAAAAUACCAAGAAGGCUUACUUUUGUCUUAAGCUUUAGCAUGUGUCUCUCAAUGAGAAGUGGUCCAUUCAUUUUCGCACCAAAUCUCUGAACUACCAACUGGGCUUCUGAGCUAUUUUUUAUUUUUUUUGCUUCACAAACCUGGAGUGUGGAGACAGUGCCAGUCGGUUCAUGUGAAGACCACCGUCCUCCUGGGUAAUUUCUUUUUCUUGUUAAUGAUUAUAAAUUCCCCCCAAACAGGGAUACUGGGUCUAAGUCUACUUUAUUAUAUCUCUAAUAAAAAGAAAUGAUAUUGGAUUUUAUGCUGGAGGAGAGAACGUCGUCUUCUCUCCUGACUAGACAAAGGCUUAUGUUUGGCUUUAUUCCACGGAAAUCGAAGGGUUCUCAUGGAUCCAUCCUUUUUCUUUUUUUUUUAGGUACUAUUUAAACUUUUUUCCUCUUCAGCAAAGGACAGUAGAGGAAAAAAAAGGAACAUAAAGGGAACUUGAGUAUUUUUCAUUCAUGGAACAAUUUUGCUGUUGAUGUUCUGGACUCUCAACACGUAUCCUGUGCGGAUCAGGACACGGCUGCAUCCCUGUGGAUCGAGAGAAGAACUUUAAGGACUUUGUGAAAUGGUGCAUUAUCUCGUUUUUUUGUCUGACAUGUGGGCAAUUCAAAAUAUAUUAUAUUUUCAGAGCAUAUGAGCUGAACUCAUGGA